UGCCCAAUCAGAGAGCAGGGAGCUACCAGACACUGGCGAAGGCCCCCGGAAGUGACGCCUUCUCCUCCCACCCGCACUGAACAUGGAGCCCCUGCCUGGACCAUGGUCCACCAGCGGAGCCCAGCUCUUCCACCCACGCACACCACACAGAGGAUUUGAACAGAGGGAUCCAUCUUUUUCUAGGAGAUGGGAAACCUGGGGCCUGGCUGGGGAAGGAGAUGAGAGGGGAACAGGGUUUUUUUCUAGGAGGAAUCGGGCAGGACAUUUUUGUUCCUGGGGAAGAGUCACAAAGGUCUGGUUCUGGUUUUAGAUAUAUUGGUGGGUUUUUCAGUUCUUGACUGGCUAAAUUUCUUUUCACCUGCUGUUGAAAUCCAUUAGGGCUCUUGCUUUUCUGCUUUUCUUUCCUAUAACCCUCUCGGAGUCAUGUCUUAUUUCCCCUUUCCCAGUGGGAAUGUGGGUAUUGCCCAUUUUAGAGAAUGACGCUGUCAUUGGUCAGUGUUGUGGGGAAAGCGUUUGGACAAUUUGAGAGGACUGCACGGUGAGGGCUGUUUGUGGUGGUGGUGGUAGGGAGGGGGUGGGGGUGAGGCUGAGCUCAGGGCCCAGCAGCUCAGACAGCUAAGGCCACUUAACUCUGUGCCCAAGCUCUCCUGCACUUGCCCUGUCUUUCUCCCUCUUCCAUCUCCUACCACUCCAUAUGUGACAAGAAGAAUAACCAGGCCCAUGUGUCCCUGUCUCAGGGAAGACAGCUGCUGAACCUCCCCCGCAAAUACCUCCUGCUGGCCCCCCUCUUCCUUUGGCCCUGGCUCUAGUUCCUUUGCUUUCCCCUCAAUCCCAGUCUCCUCACAGUCUCUGUCCUCAGGGGCCUCCUGGCCUGACCUUGUUCCCAUCACCCCCACCUCAGUUCUUCCCCUUCUGCUCCUCCUCCCAAGGAUGGGGCUGUCAGCUAAGGAGGAUGGCCUAGAUCCCGGAAUUCUCCAGUUCAGCCAGAGGAGAUGCCUCCCAAGAUUAGGAAGGAGAGUGCUGGGAUGGUUGGGAGGAUGGUGGGUGAAUGGGUGUGGGAGGGGACAGGGAGGCAGUCAAGACCAGGAAACCAAGACAAAGGAGGUUGGGGGUGGGGUGGAGAGGCAGAGGGUCCCCUGCGUGAAGGAAGAAGGUGAGAAAGGAUGUGAGGCUGGGGAUGAGGAUGGUUAGAUGGGCCUCCGGACAGGUUACCGUAGGGAGGGAAACACUGUCACCAGACAGAAAUGGGACUCUGAAAUGGGACUUCCUGGGGACCAGUAGAAUGAGGACAGACCUCAGAGAAGAGACAGGGACACAAGCUAGACAGAGAGUGUGGGUAGUGUGGGGUUUGAGAGGUGCUGUGGGCCCACAGUAGGGGAGAUCAGUUGACCGGCCUUUGGUGCACGUUGUCAUCCUUAAAAGACAAGUCUUCAUCCUUCCGGCAGUUACCGAGUACUAGCCCAGUGGCCGGCCCAGGCCUCAGGCCCAGCCUCUGCCCCUCCCUGGCCUGGGGCUCCCGUCCCGGGCUGGACACGCACCUCCCGGUGCAGCCGCCCUGUGGCCUCCGGCAGCGGGGGGCUCCAGACCCGCCUCUCCUCCCCUCUUCGCGCCCCCUGGUCUCUCCCCUCCCCCUACCCCCUCCGCUCCCCCUUCCCCUGCAGCCCCUCCCUCCUCCCCUGCCCCGUCCCAGCCCCUCCCUCCCCUCCCCCACUCGCGAUCCGGGCCGCUGCUGCUGGGCCGGACCCCCCGGGCUCAGCCCGGCCCCUCGCCGAGCCGCCGCCGCCGCCCCGUUUGCUGAGGAGGAGGCCCCCGGCCGGGGCGCCGGGCGCGGGGCAUAAAACGGGCCAGAGCCGGCGCCCAGGGCACUAGAGGCGCGUACGGCCCGGGUCAGCGCCCGCCCGCCCGCGCUCCUCCCGGCCGCUCCUCCCGCCCCGCCCGGCCCGGCCCGGCGCCGACUCCCGCCGCCCGACGAGCCCCUCGCCGCACUGCCCGGGCCCUGGCCCCGGCCCCCUCCCGCCGUACCGCCCCCGGCCCGGCCCUCCUACCACCUCCCUCCUCCUUCUCCUGCUCCCUCCUCCCUCCCGCCUCCCCAGCUGUCCCGUUCGCGUCAUGCCGAGCCUCCCGGCCCCGCCGGCCCCGCUGCUGCUCCUCGGGCUGCUUCUGCUCGGCUGCCGGCCGGCCCACGGCGCCGGCCCCGAGCCGCCCGCGCUGCCCAUCCGGUCCGAGAAGGAGCCGCUGCCCAUUCGGGGAGCGGCAGGCUGCUCCUUCGGCGGGAAGGUCUAUGCCUUGGACGAGACGUGGCACCCGGACCUGGGGGAGCCCUUCGGGGUGAUGCGCUGCGUGCUGUGCGCCUGUGAGGCGCAGCCUCAGUGGGGUCGCCGCUCAAGGGGCCCGGGCAGGGUCAGCUGCAAGAACAUCAAACCUGAGUGCCCAACCCUGGCCUGCGUGCAGCCGCGUCAGUUGCCGGGACACUGCUGCCAGACCUGUCCCCAGGAGCGCAGCGGUCCGGAGAGGCAGCCUACAGGCCUGGCCUUUGAGUAUCCGCGGGAUCCAGAGCACCGCAGCUACAGCGACCACGGGGAACCAGGCUCUGAAGAUCGGACGCGCGGAGACGGCCACACCGACUUCGUGGCGCUGCUGACAGGGCCGAGGUCGCAGGCCGUGGCACGGGCCCGAGUGUCUCUGCUGCGCUCUAGCUUGCGUUUCUCCAUCUCCUACAGGCAGCUGGACCGCCCUACUCGAAUCCGCUUCUCAGACUCCACUGGCAGCGUCCUGUUUGAACACCCUGCGGCCCCCAGUCAAGAUGGCCUGGUCUGUGGGGUGUGGCGGGCAGUGCCUCGGUUGUCUCUGCGGCUCCUUAGGGCAGAACAGCUACAUGUGGCACUUGUGACACCCACUAACCCUUCAGGGGAGGUCUGGGGGCCUCUCAUCCGGCACCGGGCCCUGGCUGCAGAGACCUUCAGUGCCAUUCUGACUCUGGAAGGCCCCCCACAGCCUGGCACAGGGGGCAUCACCCUACUCACUCUCAGUGACACAGAGGACUCCUUGCAUUUUUUGCUGCUCUUCCGUGGGCUGCUGGAACCCAGGAGUGGGGGGCCAAGCCAGGUUCCCUUGCGGCUCCAGAUUCUACAUCAGGGGCAGCUGCUGCGAGAGCUCUACGCCAAUGCCUCAGUCCAGGAGCCAGGCUUUGCCGAGGUGCUGCCCAACCUGACAGCCCAGGAGAUGGACUGGCUGGUGCAGGGGGAGCUGACGAUGGCCCUGGAGAGGGCAGGUGGGCCAGGGCUGCGCAUCAGUGGACACAUUGCUGCCAGGCAGAGCUGCGAUGUCCUGCAAAGCGUCCUUUGUGGGGCCGAUGCCCUGAUCCCAGUUCAGACGGGUGCAGCCGGCUCAGCCAGCCUUACACUACUAGGAAAUGGCUCCCUGAUCUACCAGGUACAAGUGGUAGGUACAGGCAGUGAGGUGGUGGCCAUGACACUGGAGACCAAGCCUCAGCGGAGGAACCAGCGGACCGUCCUGUGCCGCAUGGCUGGACUCCAGCUGGGAGGACACACAGCUGUGGGUGUCUGCCCUGGACUGGGUGCCCGAGGGGCUCAUAUGCUGCUGCAGAAUGAGCUGUUCCUGAAUGUGGGCACCAAGGACUUCCCAGAUGGAGAACUGAGGGGGCAUGUGGCUGCCCUGCCCUAUAGUGGACACAGCACCCGCCACGACACACUGCCCGUGCCCCUGGCAGGAGCCCUGGUGUUGCCCCCUGUGCAGAGCCAGGCAGCAGGACAUGCCUGGCUCUCGCUGGAUACCCACUGUCACCUGCACUAUGAAGUGCUGCUGGCUGGGCUUGGUGGCUCAGAACAGGGCACAGUCACUGCCCACCUCCUAGGGCCUCCUGGGAUGCCAGGGCCCCGGCGGCUGCUGAAGGGAUUCUAUGGCCCAGAGGCCCAGGGCGUGGUGAAGGACCUGGAGCCUGAGCUGCUGCGGCACCUGGCUCAGGGCACUGCCUCCCUGCUGAUCACCACCAAGGGUAGCCCCCACGGGGAGCUCCGGGGGCAGGUGCACAUCGCCAACCAGUGCGAGGUGGGCGGCCUGCGCCUGGCGGCGGCGGGGGCCGAAGGAGCGUGGGCGCCGGACUCAGCGGCCGCCGCGCUGCCCGCGCUGCCGGCUGUGCUUGGCCAGGACGCCCCCGCGCCAUCCAAACCCGGAGGCCCCGGGCGGCCGCGAGACCCCAACACCUGCUUCUUUGAGGGGCAGCAGCGCCCCCAUGGGGCUCGCUGGGCGCCUAACUACGACCCGCUCUGCUCGCUUUGCACCUGUCAGAGACGCACAGUGAUUUGUGACCCCGUGGUGUGCCCGCCGCCCAGCUGUCCGAGCCCAGUGCAGGCACCAGACCAGUGCUGUCCUGUGUGCCCCGAGAAGCAAGAUGUCAGAGACCUGUCGGGGCUGUCACGGAGCAGAGACCCUGGAGAGGGCUGCUAUUUUGAUGGUGACCGGAGCUGGCGGGCAGCGGGCACCCGGUGGCACCCUGUCGUGCCCCCCUUUGGCUUAAUUAAGUGUGCUGUCUGCACCUGCAAGGGGGGCACUGGAGAGGUGCACUGUGAGAAGGUGCAGUGUCCUCGGCUGGCCUGUGCCCAGCCUGUCCGUGCCAACCCCACUGACUGCUGCAAACAGUGUCCAGUGGGGUCAGGGGCCCACCCCCAAUUGGGGGACCCCAUGCAGGCCGAUGGGCCCCGGGGCUGCCGUUUUGCAGGGCAGUGGUUCCCAGAGAGCCAGAGCUGGCACCCCUCGGUGCCUCCCUUUGGGGAGAUGAGCUGUAUCACCUGCAGAUGUGGAGCAGGGGUGCCCCACUGUGAGCGGGAUGACUGUUCACUGCCACUGUCCUGCGGUCCAGGGAAGGAGAGUCGCUGCUGCUCCCACUGCUCACCCCGGCGAUCCCCAGAGACCAGGACAGUUCCAGAGCCUGAGAAAGAAGCCGAAGGCUCCUAGGGAGCAGCCGGAAGGCCACAUGACCAAGAGGACGGGGCCUGGGCUGGGAGAAGGAGUGGCGCCAAGGGCCCUGCAUCCUCCUGUGGGAAAUCAAGUGCCUUCGGCUCUUUUCUGCCUCUUCUCCCUCCCCCCACUACCUCUGGGAACCACAAUUCCACAAGGGGAAGGGGCAGCCAGGGCAGGCCAGGGCCACGGCCAUUCUGACUCCUGCCCAGUCACCCUCCAGCCUCUGCCUUAGAAGCCCAACCCCUUUCUUUCUGUACAUAAUGUCACUGGCUUAUUGGGAUUUUUAAUUUAUCCUCACUCAGCACCAAGGGUCCCUCCACUUCACUCCUGCUGCCCCUGAGCUGAGCAGAGUCAUUAUUGGAGAUUUUUGUAUUUAUUAAAGCUUUUUUUUUUUUUUU